AUGGCAUCAGCUCCUGCGCGGUUGAUCGUCACUGGGGGCACCAACGUGGGCAAGACGGCGGCGCUUGCCUCGCAAGUGGCGCUGUAUUUGCGCCACGGGUACCGUCCCGACCAGGUGGUGGUGUUAGGGUUUCUGACGCCAACCGUGGCGCUGCUCGCACACCAUUUGCGACCAGUGGCCCCCGAAGUGAGGGUGGCCACCCUCCACCAGUACUGUGCCCUCCAAGUGCCCGAGGCGCGGCUUGCCGACGACACGCUGUGGGGCCAGAUAAUGGCGGUAAUCGCCCAGGAAACAAAACAACUGAAACUGGCGGUGGAGGACGGGCUCACGACCUCGGAAAUCGGAUCAAUUCUCCGACACGCUGGCUUUCUCCGCUACGGCGACUAUGUCACCGAGGCGCUUGCUCGCACGUGGCCGCAGGCGCCGGCGGUGGUGAUCGACGACUACCAGGACAUCCCCGAGGCGUACCACGCGGUCGUCGAUCGGCUUUUGGCCCAGCUGGAGACGCUGGCCAUCGCCUAUAACCCCGAGUAUCUGGCAUACAGCUUUUUACCUGGACAACGGGCGCCCGUCACCCCCAGUGGGGUCGAAGUCCGGGCACUUGCCCCGGCGGUGAAGGCGCUGCCGAUGCCGAUGGUGCAGACGAUUCUGCGUCGUGAUGCGCUGGCCAGUGUGCCUAACCCGAGCUCCAGCCUCGGUAGAUCUGUCAUCAGCGGGGCCGUCGGCGCGAUUGGCAGUGCCGUCACCGCUAUUUGUCGCGAGGUUUAUGACCACCACACUCAAUUAUCUAAUAUUAGCAUUGUCGCCCGCACUAAUGCCGAGGUGGCGCUGGUGUGCGCCCAAUUAAAAGGUUACGGUAUCGAUGCGGCGGCGUCGCGAUUCACCUGGACUGCACUGCCAUUGCAUAUGGUGCCGGCGUUAUUAAAUUUGACUCGGAGAUUCAACCCCGUCGAUUUCACCGUCGUCGCAGGGUGCUUGGACCAGCGCCGGAUGCGGCUGAGACGGCUUUACCGGUUGUUAACUACGUUGACCGAGUUCCCCCAGCUGGCGCCGCCAGGGUACACUCUGGCAGGCUUAGCCCCCGUAGGCGCAGCCCUCGUCGCAUUACUGGAGGCGGUGCUGCGAGCGCCGCCGCCAUCGGACGACCCGCGGAUGUUAGCGGAUUACUUAGUCGAGUUAAUUCAGGGGGUGCCGGGGCUUAUCCGAUACGUCAACGACUGCAGCUACAAUAGUGAAGCGCUUCGGCUGGCGGUGGACGAACUAAGUGCCCACUGGCAAGCGCUGUGGCAGCACCCAUACGGAGGUGGGGUGGCCUGGUGGCUUGGAAGUGGCCACGAUAUUACACGACCGGCGGUGCCGGGGCGGGUGGAGGUGGCAACGGCCCAUAGUGCCCGGGCGCUCCCGGUUGUGGUGGCGAUGCCUAAUAUCUCCGGCCCCCUUUUACAUCACGCCAGUCGCGGUGCCGAUCGCGUGUACGUUGCCGCCGCGUAA